AUGUUCAAUGGGGCAGUUGUUGUGUGGGACCUGCCGGAACAUCCGAAUGGCGUCAUUACAAGAUUUGUGGUUCGAUAUUGGAAUGACGCAUUCCCCACUGACAUCACGGUACAAGAAUUCGAAGGUUCUCAAAGGAAUUUGACGAUUGAAGGUCUCAGUCCAUCCACACAUUACACGGUGGAUAUCAUGGCAUCUACAAUCAAAGGCGACGGACCACGCGAAGAGACCAAAUUUGAGUCUGGUGUUCCGCCAGGAGUGCCGUCAGGGCCCCCAAGGAAUGUUCGCGCUGAUGUUGACGGUAAACGCGGUGUCAUGGUGCAAUGGGAUUCUGUGGAUGAUGAACAGAAAAAUGGGAACAUCAGGGGUUAUGAGGUCACCGGACUGCGCGCUUUCACCAGUUAUCUUGUUUACGCUUCUGCCUGUACUAUUGUUGGGUGUGGUCCUGAGAACAGGGUACCGGUAGUAGUAUUGACACCUGAAGAUGUUCCCGAUGUUCCCACGGGCGUUUCGUUCUCACUGAUCAGUGAAAAUGAAGUUCGCUUAAAAUGGACACCGCCAGAGAAUCCAAAUGGAAAGAUCAAGUCCUAUUACGUCUCUUACUGGAAGUCAUCUGAAGAUAGAUCAUCGGCCAUUAGAGCCCCACUGUCUUCAACGCUUCUAUUCUUUACAGCUAAUGGUCUGGAGCCGAACAAGAAGUACACCUUUACGGUGCAAGCUGAGAACUCUGUAGGCUUGGGUCCUGAAGCCUUAGUAGAGGUAGUAACAACUUCAGUGAGAGUACCGGUACAUGCUCCACCAAUGCCAACAAGGAACGAUACAGCUAGAUAUGGGGCUGAAAAUAUCGCAAUUCGUUGGGACACUGAGCCGGCUAGGGAGGACGAUGAUGCACCAGUGCGAUUCGUGCAGGUUUUUCCCGAUGUUCCCACGGGCGUUUCGUUCUCAUUGAUCAGUGAAAAUGAAGUUCGCUUGAAGUGGACACCGCCAGAAAAUCCGAAUGGAAAGAUCAAGUCCUAUUACGUCUCUUACUGGAAGUCAUCUGAAGAUAGAUCAUCGGCCAUUAGAGCCCCACUGUCUUCAACGCUUCUAUUCUUUACAGCUAAUGGUGAAUCAGCUACACCAAUUUUCACCACCGCAUUUCUUGCUACUACAUACGAGCACUUUUUUAAUAGGAAGUAUUCGCUGAGUAAACUCCCCAUUUCAUAUUUACUACUUACAGUACCAGUACAUGCUCCACCAAUGCCAACAAGGAACGAUACAGCUAGAUAUGGAGCUGAAAGUAUCGCAAUUCGUUGGGACACUGAGCCGGCUAGGGAGGACGAUGAUGCACCGGUGCGAUUCGUGCAGGUGGAAUACCAAAAAUCCAAUCGUGACGACUGGACCCCUGUAGAGAAACUCAUUUCUGGGCAAGACGGGGGCGCUGUUAUUCUAAGACUUGUGCCAAAUUCUGACUACCGAUUCCGAAUUCGCUAUCUUGGUGACAACUCUCAAUCUGUUUGGUCAGCAGAAUCCGACUGGAUGAAAACGCUUCCAGCGCAGCCUUCAGCCGCGCCAGCCUCACUGACGGCAUCACCUUAUGACUCAACUAGCUUGCUUUUGCAAUGGAAUUCUCCGCUGAGGGAAGCGUGGAAUGCAGAUGCUAUCGGCUACUGGGUUGCUUUUCGUGAAUAUCCACUCUCUGCCGAUAAUGACACAUGGACCACCGUAGAAAUACCCGCGAACAGCACGUGGCCAGAGCGACCUCAAUAUCUGCUUCAUAACUUGGCUAGGUAA